AUGCCAGUACCAUGCAUGCACAUCAGCACAUGGCCAGUUCCCGCCGUGUCGCGGUGCAACAGGCCAACAGCGCAGGCGUUUAUAUACCCCUGCGCGCAACCCGUAACCAAAGGCCAGGGCCACUCGAUCGCGCAGUCGCGCUCCGUCUUCACUCUUCACUUGGCGCGAGGGGACCCUGACACGAGUCAAGCAGGAGCCACACUGUUUCCAUUCCUGCUGCCGACACCCCCGGUGAGAAAAAGAAUGGCAGGCCGCUCGGCGCCUCGGCGCCUCGCUCUCUUCUGCCUCCUGGCGUCGUGCAUUGCGCUCGCGGCGCGCACCUCCGAUGCCAGCCGGCGGGAGCUCGGCAUCAGCAUCGGCAACGGCGGCGGCGGGGGGAUAGGCAUCGGGAUUGGGAUCGGGGGCGGGGGCGGGUACGGAGGCGGCGGGUCUCCGUCACCGACGCCGCCGUCGUCAUACGGGCCGAAGGCGUCCGACUUCGAGAACGAGCGGCUCUACAGGGCGUACCUCGUGAUCCAGAGGUUCAAGCAGACCAUUACGUGCGACACCCAGGGCAUCACCAAGACCUGGACCGGCACCGCCAUCUGCAGCGACACCUCGUACUUGGGCUUCUUCUGCGAGAAGCCGCCCAACGUCAACGAGCGGGCGCUCGCGUCCGUCGACUUCAACGGCUUCAAGCUGGAGGCCCCCACCGUGGAGGGGUUCGUGGACGCGCUCCCCGACCUGGCGCUCUUCCACGCCAACUCCAACGACUUCGGCGGCGUGGUGCCCAUCCUCCGGUCGCUGCAGUACUUCUACGAGCUGGACGUGAGCAACAACAAGCUCGCUCGCUGCGCCUUCCCGACGGACGUGCUGGGGGUCACCAACGCCACCUUCGUCGACAUCCGGUUCAACCGGUUCUACGGCGAGGUGCCGGCGGGGCUCUUCUGCUCAUUCCCGAUCGUGGAGGCCAUCUUCGUCAACAACAACCAGUUCUCGGGCAAGAUCCCGAGCAACCUCGGCGACUCGCCCGUGAACUACCUCGCGCUCGCCAACAACCAGUUCACGGGGCCCAUCCCGUCGUCCAUCGGCCGCGCCGCCAACACGCUCCUGGAGGUGCUCUUCCUCAACAACAAGCUCAGCGGCUGCCUCCCCUACGAGCUCGGCCUGCUCGCCAAGGCCACCGUCAUCGACGCCGGCACGAACCAGCUCACGGGCACCAUCCCGGCCUCGUACGCGUGCCUGCGGAAGGUGGAGCAGCUCAACCUGGCGGACAAUCUCCUCUACGGCGAGGUGCCCGACGCGCUCUGCCGGCUCGCGUACCCGUCGUCCGGCGGCCACCUCUCAAACCUCACGCUCUCCGACAACUACUUCACGUCGCUGGGGUCGUGCUGCUGGGCCCUGAUCAAGCAGGGGAAGCUCAACGUCGCCCGCAACUGCAUCCCCUAUGCGCCCAACCAGCGGUCGCACGAGGAGUGCGCCGGCUUCUUCCACACGACCAAGACCUACUGCCCCGUCAGCACCUACGUGCCAUGCCACCACCCCAAGGACUACACUGCCGGUAAGGAGGAGGCCUCCGCGGCGGAGGAGUACAAGUACCGGACGUACUCGGCGCUGCACCCGUGA